AUGGAAGGCCUUGAGCAGAUUAUCAACUAUGCGAUAAGUCUCACCGUAGGUCCAGCUUCAUUACUACCGAUAUCACAAGAUACCGCUUCGUCUAUCAGUACCCUCAGUAGAAGAAGUACUCGAUUAGAUUCAUACACGAGUAUUUCGUCUCUGAUCAAAGGUAAAGGGCCAAGAAUUAAUCUUUCCCAAAAAACGGAUAUGAUCGUGAAAGCAAUGGAAGAGAAACAAGCCAGUUUAGAGUCCUUCCUCAAGAAAUCUCAUAGAAUAAGAAGGAACUUGAAAUCUGAACUCGAAGAAUUCAGUUUAAGAGAGAGCGAUAUUAGAGAAGCGAAGAACAUAUUCGAAUUCAAUGUUGUUACACAAGGUGUAGAUCCCCUUACUCAAAGAAUACCAGCUGAAAAAUUUUUGAGAUACAUGGAAGAUUGGUUGAAGAGUGCACAGUUCAAUAUUGAGAAACUAAGGCUGAGAACUGCAUCUCUUAAAGUUCAGUACAAAAAAGUAUCAGCCACCUUGAUCCAGAGGCAAGAACUUGGGGAAAAUGUUCAUGCUGUAGACUUUGACCAGUUACAAAUAGAAAAUAAACAUUUUUUGGAAAAAAUUGAUCAAAAACAAACACAUUUGAUAGAACUGAAAAGAAUGAAUGGUGGUGCCAAUCUCGUAUUGAGUAAGCAUAAGAAAUAUCUUCAGAAACAACAGGAAGACUAUAAUAAAUUGAAAGAUUCAGUGUCACAACAAGAAAAAGAAAUUGAAGACCUUGAAAAAGAAUAUGAAAAAGUCGAACUGGAACUGGACAGAGCGAAAGAUAAAUUCGAAUAUUAUAAAAACCUCAAAGGCACCUACAAAGUACCAGAUGUCAUGGAAUACGUGAAUUUAAAAAAUGAGUUGUCUGAACUCAAAAAGAGCAUAAAAAUCUGGCAGAGGCGAAAAAAGAUUCAAGAUAUAGCAUUGAACGCAUGCAUUAGAGAAAUGAAAAAUAUCACAGGGGCUUCUAAAGUUGACCCUACUUGGUUUGAAGAUCUUGAUCCAGAUAGCAACUAUGAGUUUGAUGUUUGA